AUGACGUCACGAGGGGCCGCCUCCAGUGGAGGCCAACAUCUUGAACCUGGUGUUGAUCUUUGUCACUGGUCAUCAUUGCGAAAUAGUUCAAUCUCAACAAACACCUUUUCGAAAAGAUUCGAAAGAUCAGGCUCCACCUCCAGGAGUAUAAAAGCAGUGAGCUGCGAAGAGAGCCUCACUCCACUCAUCAUGAGCCAAUCAGCUUCCUUCAAACUGUUCUCGCCCCGCUCGGAGACGUCCCAGCGCUUCUCCAUCGCCUACUCCAACGUCGCCGAACUUCUGGAGUCGCUCAAACUCAAGCUGCAGAGCUUCGGCCUCAAAACCGACAAGCUGUGCUGGAUCGACGAGGAUAACGACCAGGUGCUCCUCAAAACUGCCGACGACCUUCAAGAAGCCAUCAACCUGUCUGCUGGCUCGGCCAUCAAUAUCCAUUCCGACUAUUUUGCCCCUGCCGAUGAGAAUCCUGCUUUCGUAGUCAUCGACAGCGACUUCGAAGACGAGGGGAAUGAUGGCAAGUCAACGUCUUCCAAAUCAAGGUCUUCUAAGGAAAGAUUUGCAGAUAUUCCUCGCCGAACACGCUCACGAUCCCGUUCGAGAGGUCAUUCUCGCCCACACUCCAGGUCGCGCUCCCGCAGUCAUUCCCGCGGUCGUUCUGGACUUCGUGAAGAAAAAAUGAAGAAACUCUUCAAGCGGCAGGCCAUGUUGAUGCAUCGGAUGAUGAAAGAGCAGGGUCGUCCCGGAUUCGGCCCGUCGGACUUCUAUCCAUUCCCUCACUUUGGUCCUGAUAUGGAUUCUAAACGUCGUCAUUGCGGCGGCAGACGUCCUGGUCCCGAGGAUUUCAUGGAGGGUGACUUCCGCGGUCAUUUCGGCCGUCGUUGCGGAGCUUCUCCUUUCGAAUUCGGUCCGGGAUCCGGACGUGGACGCUUCCCAGAAGGGUUCAACCCUCGUGGCGGCUUCGGAUGUCGAGGUCGUGGAGGUUUCGGCGGCCGCGGACGUGGCGGCUUCGGCUUCGACUUCGGAAGAGGCGGCUUCAGCGGACCUUGGGGUCAUCGCGGACAUCAUCACUCUUUUUAA